GUUUCGAAGAACUGUCGGCGGAGUUCCAGGCUUCCGUUGAGCACUCUCGCCAGACCUUUGCCACGCAGCGGGACCAUCAAGAAUCGUGCCAGCGCCAUGACCAAGCAGCCGGGGAGCUGAGGCAGCAAGCUGGAGAGGCUGCUGCGGCCGUGCAGGCCUUGGAGGAUGCCCGCGUGCAGGCUGCGCGGUCGCUGACGGCUUGCGAGGGCCGACUUGGGCAGCUGGAGGUGAACGGAAAGGUCUAUGAGACAUGCAUCAACGGUUUGCAAACGGACCUUGCCCAGCACGAAAAGCGCUGUUGGGAAGCGUUUGCCUCGAAGGCCUCUGUCCAGCAGGUCCUUUCCCACACAUCAGAAGCGCAUACAAAGUUGGACUUUGCCAUGAUGGAUCGUGCAACGAUCAGACGCAAGAUGGAGGAGGAGUUUGAUUUUGUCAAGAAGACAAUCUUCCGUCAGCAGCAAGCUUUCAGAGAUAUCGAUGAUGCUGUGGACUGCGUCAACGAGCAGAAGCAGCAGAUCAGGCAGUUUCGCGAAGAGCUUCGACGGCAGGAUGAGCUUCUCCAGGACUUCGCAACACAUUUGGAUAUGCAGGAGCAGAAUGUGCAUCAAUUGGCAGCAGAGCAUCAGCGAGAUGUGGACCACAUGGAGGAAGUUUGUGGUGGCCUCCAGAGAAGUUUUGCCGAUCAGGUGUCGCAGUGCCAGUCAACUGCAGACAGCAUGAGCAAUUGCAGCACGAGGAUUUCCUUGGAGCAAAUGGACAAGACGCUCGCCCUGAGGCAAUCGUUGGACAAGCUGGAGCAAGAUCACCAACAGCUGAAAAGCAUCAUGGUCGGCACAGAUGAGGUCCCAGCGCAGCCUGCUAGUGAGAGCUAG